UUCCGGCGCGAGCUGAUGGCGGCUUCCGGCGCUGCGCGCGGAUGGGGCACGAGCUGGACGUGCGGGGCCUGAGCUGCGGCCUCUUCCCGCCCGACGGCUUCGUGUCGGUGUCGCGGGAUCGCACAGCCCGGCUCUGGGCGCCCGGCGGUAUUAACAGGGGUUUUACUGAAGUGCACUGUAUGAGUGGCCAUUCCAAUUUUGUAUCCUGUGUGUGCAUCAUACCUCCAAGUGACCUCUAUCCUCGUGGACUAAUUGCGACAGGUGGCAAUGACCAUAAUAUUUGCAUCUUCACAGUGGACAGCCCAACUCCACUCUAUGUUCUAAAGGGGCACAAAAACACAGUUUGCAGCCUUUCAUCUGGGAAAUUUGGCACCUUACUUAGUGGAUCGUGGGAUACAACUGCUAAAGUCUGGUUGAAUGACAAAUGCAUGAUGACACUACAGGGUCAUACUGCUGCAGUAUGGGCAGUGAAGAUACUGCCUGAACAGGGAUUAAUGUUGACUGGCUCAGCUGACAAAACUAUUAAACUAUGGAAGGCAGGCAGAUGUGAGAGAACAUUCACCGGUCAUGAAGAUUGUGUGAGAGGUUUAGCUAUUCUCAGUGAAACAGAAUUUCUUUCCUGCGCUAAUGAUGCAAGUAUUCGAAGGUGGCAGGUCUCUGGCGAGUGUCUACAAGUUUAUUAUGGGCAUACAAAUUAUAUAUACAGCAUAUCUGUGUUCCCUCAAAGUAAAGAUUUUGUAACCACUGGAGAGGACAGAACACUUAGAAUUUGGAAGCAAGGGGAAUGUGCUCAGACAAUCAGACUUCCAGCUCAGUCUGUCUGGUGUUGCUGCGUGUUGGACAAUGGUGACAUUGUGGUUGGUGCAAGUGAUGGAAUCAUUCGAGUAUUUACAGAGUCUUUGGAACGCAUAGCAAGUGCUGAUGAAAUUCAAGCUUUUGAAAAUGAGCUUUCCCAAGCUACAAUUGACCCUAAGACUGGUGACUUAGGAGACAUUAAUGCCGAUGAUCUUCCUGGAAGAGAACAUCUGAAAGAUCCAGGAACAAGAGAUGGACAGACACGACUAAUUAAAGAUGGUGGGAAAGUUGAAGCCUAUCAAUGGAGUGUUAGUGAAGGAAGAUGGGUCAAGAUUGGUGAUGUUGUUGGCUCUUCUGGAGCUACACAGCAAACAUCCGGAAGAGUAUUAUAUGAAGGAAAAGAAUAUGAUUUUGUUUUCACCAUUGAUGUGAAUGAAAGUGGGCCUUCCUACAAGCUGCCAUAUAACAUGAAUGAUGAUCCCUGGUUGACUGCAUACAACUUCCUUCAGAAGAAUGAUCUAAAUCCCAUGUUUCUGGAUCAAGUGGCCAAGUUUAUUAUAGACAACACCAAAGGUCAAACACUGGGGAAUACAAAUGCUGAAUUUUCAGAUCCCUUUACAGGUGCUGGUCGCUAUGUUCCAGGUUCUUUGUCUGGGUCAGAUGCAGUCCCUGCAGCAGAUCCAUUUACAGGUGCUGGCCGCUAUGUUCCUGGUUCAGCGUCAAAUACUGUUGCUUCCCUAAGUGUAGUUGAUCCAUUUACAGGAAACGGUGCUUACCAUUCAGGUGCAGCAAAAGCUGAAAAUAUUUAUUUUCCAAAGAAGGAGGCGGUUACUUUUGACCAGGCCAAUCCAACGCAGAUACUGGGUAAACUUAAAGAACUUAAUGGAAGUGUAUCUGAUGAACAAAAGCUGACAGAAGAUGAUUUGAUACUCCUAGAAAAGAUACUAUCCAUAACAUGUAAUAGCUCUGCAGAAACACCUACAGCACAGCAACUACAAGUUUUGUGGAAAGCAGUUAACUGGCCAGAAGAUGUUGUCUUUCCAGCAUUAGACAUUCUUCGAUUAUCUAUAAGGCAUCCCCGGGUGCAUGAGAAUUUCUGCAGUGAAAAGGAUAGUAUACAAUUCAGCAGCCACCUUCUAAAGUUUCUGAAUCCUAAAGGAAAGCAAGCAAACCAGUUGCUGGCACUUAGAACUCUUUGCAAUUGUUUUGUCAGCCAGGCAGGCCAGAAGCUGAUGAUGUCACAGAGGGACACAAUAAUGUCACAAGCAAUAGAACUGAAAUUAUGUGGCAAUAAGAACAUUCAUGUUGCACUGGCCACGUUGACCUUGAACUAUGCUGUUUGUUUACAUAAAAUCAAUAACAUUGAAGGCAAAGCUCAGUGCUUGUCAGUGAUCAGCACAAUCAUGGAGGUUGUUCAAGACCUUGAAGCCAUUUUUAGACUUCUUGUGGCUCUUGGGACACUAAUCAGUGACGAUACAAAUGCUGUGCAAUUAGCCAAGUCCCUAGGAGUUGACUCUCAAAUAAAAAAAUAUGCCUCUGUAUCAGAACCAGCUAAAGUAAAUGAAUGCUGUAGGUUUGUCCUUAAUCUGCUGUAGUGUUUUUUUGGUUGGUUUUUUUUAGGGUAUUUGGAAGUCUAAGAAUAUGCAGAAAGAUGAUGCUUUUUCAUAUUUUAUGUGACUCAGUAUAUCCAAGAAAAUACUGUGGAUGAAAAAUAAACUUGAUGAUCUAAUUUGUCAUGAGUAAAACAGACUAAAUAAA